AUGGAAGUUGACAGUAAUAACAACGUACUUACAAAGGAAAUACUAAUUCAAUUUGUUAAUCACGAAAAUAAAGCGACAGGGCCUGUAAUUAAUGUACCCCUAUCAAUUACAAAAGAUAAUUUAGAUGAAUUAAUAAAUGACCUUAAGAAAAAAAAAGAUGAUUUCAUUAAAGAAGAUUUGGAAGACAUUAAUUACUCAUUUAUGAUAAAUGAUAAAUUGCCUAUAAAAAAUAGUUUAUAUGAUGCUAUAAAAGAUAAUAAUAUAAGUAGUGAAAAUGUAUUAUCCAUAAAAUAUUUUCCCUUAAAUAUUUUUAAAGUUAAAAAAAUUAAUACUUGUUGUUCUACCUUGCCUGGACAUACAAAUUCUAUUCUUUGUUUAGCUUUUAGUCCAAAUAGCUUGCAUUUAGCUACAGGGUCAGGUGAUAAUACAAUUCGUCUUUGGGAUAUUAAUACCCAAACUCCAAUUGCAACAUUAAAAGAUCAUACAAAUUGGGUGCUAGCCGUUUUGUUCUCACCAGAUAAUAAAUUCCUAGCCACAGCAGGAAUGGAUCAAAAUGUUUGUGUAUAUGACACACACACAGGGAAAUUAUUAAAUAUAUUAACAGGUCAUAAAAAAGAAGUAACUACCUUAUGCUUUGAACCCCUACACUUGUUAAAGGAAGUCAACAUAAAAAAAAAUAGUAAUGAUUCGAUGAAAAGAAAAAAAUCGCAUGGUAUAUACAAGCAAAACAAAAGUGAUGAUAACAAAAAAAAAAAAACGAAAGACCAAAAUGAAAAUACAUCCAAUUCUUAUGAGAAUAAUGUUAAAAAUGGCCCCAUCAAUGGGGAGUCACCUGAACAAUCUAGCGAAAAAACAGAAAUAACAUGUAAGGAAGAAAAAAACGGAAAUAACGAAAAUAGCGAAAAGCACAACUUCGCAAGUAAUAAAAAUGAUAUAAAUGAAAAGAGAUCAGCCUCAGAAUUUUCAAAUAAAAGGGACUCCUAUUUUGUAAAUAGUAGGUUAGCCAGUGCAGGAAAAGAUGGAAUUAUAAGAAUAAAUAAUAUUCUUAGCAAUAUGGUUGAAAAAACGUUAACAGGUCAUACGGAUACAAUAACAUGUAUAUUAUGGUCAGGAAUAAAUGAAAAAAACAGCAGAAUUUAUAGCAGUUCAAGAGAUACAACUGUUAAAAUAUGGAAUGUCAAUGAGGGUUCAUUAAUUUAUAAUUUUAUAGGUCAUAAACAUUGGGUAAAUUGCAUAUCAUUAAAUUCAGAAAGGAUAUUAAAAAAUGGUAUAUAUAACCUAGACGUUGUAAUAAAUAAAACUCAUAUUGAAAAUUGUAUUGAAAAGGCUAGAAUUAUAUAUCAGAAUUUUUUAAAAAAUCAGACUAAUGAAAAAUUUGUAAGUGGAUCAGAUGAUGGCACUUUGUAUUUAAUUGAUUGUUUAAAUAAUGAUACUUAUAAAAGUACAAGAUUGAUAGGUCAUCAAAAAACAGUUAUACAUGCACAGUUCUCACCAAAUGGAAAAUUAAUUGCAUCUUCUUCUUUUGACAAAAGUAUUAGAAUUUGGUCCGGCUUAGAUGGCACAUUUUUAGCUGUUUAUCGUGGGCAUGUUGGACCUGUUUAUAAAAUUGCAUGGUCAAUAGAUAACAACUACGUUGUUUCAUGUAGUCAGGAUAGUACAUUAAAAUUAUGGAAAAUAAACCAUCUAUUUGUUCAUUUCAAAAAAAAAGAAAACGUUUCUCAUUUUAAAGAAGAAGAACAAAAGGAGGGAGGCACUCUCCUUAAUGCAAACGGUGCAAACGAUGUAAAUGAAAAAGAUAAAAAUUUAACAAAAAAAAAAAAAGACGAAAAGGAACAAAUAGAAAAGAAUAAAAAAACAGUCAAAAUCUUGCUUGUAGACUUGCCUGGACAUUCAGAUGCUGUUUAUGCUAUUGAUUGGUCGAAUGAUGGGAAAUUUGUUGCUUCAGGAGGAAAAGACAAAAUUUUAAAAAUUUGGACACACUAA